AGAACGAUGGUGAACACUUGACUCCGUCAUUUCCAUCUGACCCAUCGUCAAGGUCAAGGACCUGCAUCUACUAAGGGAGAAAUAUUGAAAGACACUGGCUUUCUAACAACAGACAAAGAGUUCCUCUAUACAAGAGGUACUUAUAUUGACAACAUAUUUGGUUUCUGCAUGUUUGUCUGAAGUUCUUGGGCAGGUUUGAUUUGCGAUGCAACCAUCAGCUAUUUCAUAUACAACUGAAGGCUACAGUUUUACAAACAUAACUGAAGAAGACGUAAUGAGCAUGUAACCUGAUCGUUAUGUGCACUACAGAGCUGUGCUGCAGAGUCCUUUGAGUGUCAGGUGCUCGAAGUGAGAAAACGGCACUUCAACCAGGUCCUAAAGGACUAGUUUUUCUCGAGCUGAAAAACAGUGAGGAGCAAACAAACCUGUGAUGAGCCCCCUAAAUUCAACGGUCUUUAUAAACAGCACAAUUGUACGUCCUGAGUUCUUUAUCAUAAGUGGUUUUUCUGGUCUUCCCCACUCAAAAUACUACUAUGUGUUCUUGUGCUUUGUUUAUGCUCUGUCUGUACUGGGAAACGCUUUUAUCAUGUUCAUGAUUUACACUGACCACUGUCUUCACAGUCCGAAAUACAUUGCAGUGUUUAAUUUGGCUGUGGCUGACUUGUGUGUAAGCACAGCCCUCGUUCCUCCAUUGAUUGACACCUUCCUGUUCAAAUCACAGUUAAUCUCUUACGAGGCCUGCUUGAGUAAUAUGUUUUUUGUUUUUUUGUUUCUCAUUAUGCAGUCUUUCACUCUCACUGUUCUGUCUUAUGAUAGAUUAGUUGCUAUAUGUUUUCCACUGAGAUACAAUGAGAUUGUGACUAAUAAAUCGAUGUUGGUGAUCACAGCUAUAACAUGGAUUAUUGCAGGAUUGGCCAUUCUCAUAGCUGUGAUUUUUAUCAGCACACUGUCAUUCUGCAAAUCCGUUGUGAUAAACAGUUAUUUCUGUGAUCACGGACCCACAUUUCGUUUGGCAUGCAAUGACAACACUCCAAAUUAUGUCAUUAGUUGGUCACAUCCUGCUCUGAUUUUUUGGCUUCCAUUACUCUUUAUCAUAUGCACCUACAUCUCUAUAGCUAGAGCGUUAUUGAAAAUUGCAACAGCCUCAGAGCGACUUAAAGCCUUGAAAACCUGCACCUCUCAUUUGAUCUUGGUGGGUAUUUAUUAUUUUCCAAUAUGUCUCACCUAUGGAGCAAUCGGCUCCACCAUGCACCAGAACGCCAGGAUCAUUAAUACGUCCCUGGGGACGAUCUUGCCGUCAAUGCUGAAUCCAAUCGUUUACUCUCUGAAGACAGAAGAAUUCACAGAAUCCAUUAAAAAGCUGUACAGAAAAAAGAAGAUACACAUCACUGUUAGGAAUAAAUGAAUAAAUGUUUUAUCCACAAAUGACUCACUGGCAAAUUUAACCAUGUUAAUUUUUUCCAAAUCCUUCACCUAACUGUCAACUGUAAGAGCAUUUAGCAAAUGUAUACCAAUGAAUGGAAAGAGUGAUAGUUUUUAAAAACAAGCAGUUUUUAAACUCUCGCUUCAUGUAGGAGAGUGCAGAAGAUGAUGUUCUCUCCUCUAAAUAUAUAAAUGUCUGACCACUGUUUAUUUUAACACUGCAGUCCACAAUUUCAGCUUGCAAACAUAAGCUGGAAGAAGACACAUCAUUUGCAGCUUUAGUGUAGUAUAAGUAUAGGGUAUAAGUAUCCAGGUAAUUUCAAAGGGUUCACAAACCUUUUCUUGCAACUAUAGGUCCUUGGAGCAAAUUUGUUCCUCAUGGGGAG